CAUGGUCUUUUUGUCUUUCACAGAUGAGGUGAUCGUCUGAGCCAUGAAACAGUCUUUAAAACCCCACAAUGUGUGACAUGGAGGAAAGACUCUCCUUUAAACGACGGCUCGGCUCCUUCAGUGCUUUUCUCCAUCACAGCGUUGUCAUCCUUCUGCUGAGACAAUGCUGCUGUGCAGGUCACUCCCAAGUGGUUGCUCCAUCUUUGCCAAUAGUAGCAAUGGUUGGGGAUGACAUCAUUUUGCCAUGCCGCCUGGACCCCCCUGUGGAUACUUCAGACAUGACUGUGGAGUGGGCGAGACUUGAUCUGGACCCCAGAUUUGUUUAUGUUUGGCGUGACGGCAUGGAACUGGAGAGUAAAAAACAGGUUUCCUUCAGGCGAAGGACGUCACUGUCCAUAAACAACCUGAGAAAUGGUGACGUGUCACUGAAGCUCUCUGGAGUGAAGCUCUCUGAUGAGGGGAACUACAGAUGCUUCAUCCCUACACUUGCUAAAGAAGCUACCGUCAAGCUCGUUGUUGGUGUAGUUUCAUUCAUAGCCAUCAGUUUAGAAAGGACUGAGAAACAGGAAGUGAAGCUGGGAAUGAAUCUUCAGUGUGAGUCUGAAGGCUGGUAUCCAGAGCCUGAGGUGUUGUGGCUGGACAGUGAGGGAAACCUCCUCUCUGCUGGAUCUACAGAGAGCAUCAGACAUCCUGAUGGUCUCUAUACUGUCAGCAGCAGAGUGACUGUGGAGAGGAGACACAACAACAUGUUCACCUGUAGAGUCACACAGAACAACAUCAACCAGACCAGAGAGACACACAUUCAUGUUCCAGAUGACAUGUUCAUGGUGGGCUGCCGGUCUGGGCCUCAUAUCACCAUCUUUUCUGCUGUCGGUUUAUCCUUUAUCGUUGCACUUUUCUUGGUCGUGUUGAAGUGUAGACAAAACAAAAUAAAGGGUGAAAAGGUGACAGAUGUCACAGAGAGAAAGACUGAAUCCUGUCAGGAGUUGGAGAGAAAAGCAGCAGAAGAUGUGAUCAAAACCCUGACUGAACAGAAGGAAAACUUAGAGACCUUAAAAGAAAAACUCAUUGCACUGCUGGAGGAGGUGGAGAGAGAGGAGACAGAGAACAAGAAGAAACUGACUUCUGCUUCAGUAGUUCUCAAUGUCUUCAAAAAUGAAGUAAAGACUGUACGACAAGAGCACAAUGAAGGACUGAGGAGGAUCAAAACAGGACUUCGGGGAUGUCAGGAGGUGGAAGAGGCACAGCUAAGGACGUUAGAGGAUCUCAUAACAAGCAUGACAGCAGGAAGUGAAAGAUUGUAG